ACUUCGGUUUUUGUCUGGAAGGUUUUCUCUAUUACAGAAAUAAAGCUGCUUUCUGAAGAAGGAGUGUGUUCUACAUCGGCCGCGCGUCAACAGCACAUGUCAUGGAGGGCCAAGUCAUUUACGAAAACGGAUUUGAGACAGGAAUCUGGCUUAACUAGUCGAAAUUAAUCGCAGUGUUGAAAAGUUGCUCAAUCGAUAACAAUUUAUGGCAAUAUAUGACAGUUGUGCCAUUCUAUCUUGAUACUUACAGUUUAUUUUGAAUAAACAGGUUGGGAGGACGGAAAUGUGCAAUGGGUGCUCCCAAGAGUUGGCAGAAGAGCGGGAAAAUAUGCUGACAUGAGAUGGACGAGUUGGAUAUUCAUCCUAGAAUUUUAACAGCUGUGAAAAGAGCCCACUUAAAUAAGCUGGAGGAUAUUUUAAUUUUCUCUGCGCUUGAACUGGAAAGACGUACCAAGCUGAGCUCUAGUGAUGUGUCAGUUUUAAAGAGAGCUGUGGCUGAACUGAUCCCAAAGCCAGUCCGAGUGACAGCAUUGGCUCUUCAUUCACAUUCGGUUCCAGACGAUCUUAAAAUACGAAAGCUUACAACAGGAUGUCCAGUUUUGGACAAAUUUCUGUCAGGUGGGAUUAUGAGUCGUGGUAUCACAGAGAUUACUGGCAUUAGUGCCAGUGGUAAAACACAGCUCUGCCUUCAGCUGGGGCUAACUGCACAGCUUCCUUGUAGCCAAGGUGGACUCAAGGGAGGAGCUGUGUAUAUUUGCACAGAAGAUGCUUUCCCAAACAAGCGACUCUAUCAGAUGAUGCAGCAUUUUAGGAAAAAUACAUCUGCCUCUAUGGGCAACACAGCACAACUGAGCGAUUCCAUUUUUGUAGAGCAUGUGGCAGAUGUGGAUGGUCUUCAUCAUUGUAUCAGUAGAAAGCUGCCUGUCCUCCUGUCCAGGGGUGCUGUCAAGCUUGUUAUCAUUGACUCUGUAGCAGCCCUCUUCAGGUGUGAAUUUGAGGCAGGUCAGAUGGUCCAUCGAGCCAAGUCUAUAGGAACACUGGGUUCCUGUCUCCAUAAACUCAGUGCUAAGUUUAACAUACCUGUGGUUUGUGUAAAUCAGGUGUCGGACUCGUUCAGUGAGGGUGCCUCGGGUAAGGUGGUGCCAGCCUUAGGCCUUACUUGGUCUAACUAUGUGACAACCAGGCUGAUGUUGUCCAGACUGACAGGUAUUCUCAGUGUGAGUGGUCAGAAUACAGGGAAGCCAACUCCAAAUGUCCUGAGGAACAUCGAGAUUCUCUUCUCCCCUCACCUGCCCAACAUGUCAUGUGACUUCAUUAUCGACCAGGAAGGAGUAAAAGGAAUAGGGUAGAAAAGAAAAAAAGCCUCUGUACAUUGUUUCAUUGUCAUGUGUACAUAGAGGCAUACACCUGUUUUAAGUGAAUGCCGAAAGAUGUUAUUAGUAAAAUUCUCCUCUGAAAAAUGAAGCUUACCCAUUAUGAUAUCAUGAAUGAAAUGCAAGGAGUUAAAGGAUUCAGACACCAAGAAGAGCAGGCUGAUGUAUGUCUAUGCCCUUUGUCAUUUGUUUGUCAUGACACGCCAACGUCUAUUUAAAAUUUAUUUUAAAAUUGUCAUACCUAAAUGUCAUUUUAAAGAUAUUUUUGGACAGAAGUUGAUGAAAAGUUUUGAAUUGAUUUUACAGGACAUCUUCAGACUAACUUGAGCCAGAAGACAGGUGUAGGUGUAAUAUCAAAUCUUAGAUAUGCACUUUGUAAGCAAGUCCUGCCUUAUCAUUGUUCGAAUUCUGAAUGACUGUAGAAUUUUAAAACCAUAAAAUUAUACAUAAAAAUAUAGUAAUGAAAACUUCGUAAUAACCAGUAAAUAAAUGAAGUAAAACAAACUUCUUUGUGGAGUGUUUCAUGACUGUCGGCUAUCAUCCAUGUAUUUUAUGUAUAUUGUAUGGAACGUCCAAUAAAGGUUUGAAG